UGUUACCUACGGUGUGUUGUCUUUGUCAUCGCAUCCUUCAACGCCGCAUUAACUUAACAGUCAUCAACACGCGUCCAAGCCAGCACAAGACAUACUCGCGCAUACAUAAACCCACGGAAUCCCCCUUCGACGACCACCCCCUCCAUCAACUAGCCCCUCCAAACCCCCACAAGCGACUCGUUCCCACGACUCCAGGGAUUUCCCCGCGACAACGCACCUCUCCUGACGCCCAAGGCAUCGGCCUCACCAUGCUGCACAUAUAGCCUGCCAUGUGGUUGCCGACACCCUCGGCCGAGAGCAUAACCCGGCCGCGACUGGCCGUGGCCAUCGCUUCCGCCUUCGCUGCCGCCUCGAUUGGAUACUAUGCAUACAUCAAUCGCAUAACACGCGACGGCGCCGUGCCAGGAUCCGGUCUGCACCGCAGUAACGCUGUCCGCCGAAGUCACCGGAACCGGAGGAAUGAAGCCGGCUCGAGUUCGUCAUCCGAGGCCCCUGGCGACGAGAACGUCGAUGUCGACACCUUGCGCCCCACCGGUGAUGGUGAGACCAUCGUUGAAGGCGGCGUCGACGACUGGUGGAACGAACCUAGCGGUUAUCCCUCGAACCAGCGCGCUGGCCACAACAUCGUCAACCUUCUUUUUCGAGUUUCAGAGGAUAAUGCGCGCCGCAACGGAUGUGUCCACCGCGGGUGUCAAUGUAAUGCCUGCGGUAUGGUGCCCAUCCGUGGGGUUCGCUACCGGUGCGCCAACUGUGCCGACUUUGACCUCUGCGAGACCUGCGAGGCCCAAGGCGUUCAUACCAAAACGCACAUCUUCUACAAAAUCCGUGUCCCCGCGCCUCCAUUCGGUCCUCGACAGAUGCAACCAGUCUGGUAUACGGGAGAUCCAGACACUUGUCGACGAAACCUGCCUCGCGGACUGAUUCCCAAGUUGUCGAGGGACACGGGCUUUGAACGCCCAGAGUUGGAAGCGUUUUGGGAGCAGUGGACUUUCAUGGCCAACUCGGAGUGGAGAGACGACCCGGAUGAACUCGGUAUUGCCAUGGACCGUAAGACCUUUGAGCGGUGUUUGGUACCAACCGGAGGUUCCCGCCACGCCGCUCCAAACCUCAUUCAUGAUCGAAUGUUCUCCUUCUACGACUCCAACAAUGAUGACUUGAUUGGCUUCACCGAGUUUCUCCAUGGUCUAUCCUAUCGAAAGCGCAAGGACAAGCUCCGCAAGAUUUUUGCCGGUUAUGACGUCGACGGCGACGGUUACGUGGACCGGAGAGACUUUCUCCGCAUGUUCCGUGCGUACUAUGUCCUCUACAAACAGAUGCACAAGGACAUACUGGAUGGGCUAGAAGACCAGCUUCUUGCUAGUACCGAAGCUCAGCAGCUAGUCACCAGUCGUCAGCCGCUCAGCAGUCUCUUUGGUCGCGAGGGCAGAGUUCCCGAAGGCGACGGAGGACUGCGACAUGAGGGCAAGAUGUACAACCGCGAUGGAAGCAUACAAAUUACCGACGGUCAUGAAAGCGUCGUGGUUCAGGAUCGGGGAGACACAGCCAACCGUGAAGACAUCCUGACCAGUUUAUUUGCGUGUGAAACCGACCACCGCUCUCGCCGACGUUUCAUCACUCGCAGUGAUACGGAUACCAAUUGGCGUACAGUGCGUCGCCUUAGUGGAAACGACGAUGAGCGCACAUAUUGGGUUACCCUGCUCGAGCCUCCUGCUAACGUCGACGAUUUACCCACAAUUUUGUUAGGGAACCACACCCUAGAAAUACAGGAGGCAUCUGAUGAUAGCGAAGAUGAGGGCCGUGACAGGAAUGGUGACCAACCAAAUGGUGUCAAUGGAGUUCAUGAAAGCGGCGACCACCCCGCCCACGAUAUGCCCACAGAGAGCGAGGUCCGAGCCAGAGUUAUCAGCAGUAAUCGACAGCGAGCUCCAAGGCUAGAAAAGCGGAAAAGAGAUAUGGCCCGAAAGCAGCUGCAUGAGCGGUGGAGAAGAAGGCAAUUCUACCUCGACGAGGAAGAAGGGGGCAUUGCUCCAGAGGAUUGGGAGCACAAUGAAGACAUCCUUGCGGAUCUCCGUGAGAUGGGCGAGAGCUCCAAGUCAGCCGAGGAACAGUCACAAUCUCCAAAAUCUCCCUCGAGCUCCAAGAGUCGGUUGAAAGAUGGCAUGGACGACUUUGAGAUGCUAUCUGGCGCCUCGUCAUCCUCGAGGAGUGUUCCCGAGCAGCGGGGACCCCGACGCCUUCCCGAAGCCGAAAGGGAUGCCGGAAAGGAAAUCCUCUAUCAGGUCACUCAGCAAGCCUUCAACGAGCUUCUUGAUACAAUCUUUAAGCCUUCGGAGGAUCUCGCCCUCCAAGCCGCAGAGACGAAGCAACAGAGGGAGAAGCACAAGGAUUCGAUUGAUGCUAUCGAUCUUAAUGACUUGAAAUCCUCGAACAAGGACGCUGAUUCUAAGAUCAAGUCUCCCAAGGAAAAGUCCCUCGAGGACCUGCUGCGCGAGACUGGAUAUAGUCUGGAGCUACCCGAGGGACGCAAUGCCGUCGAGAUCGACACCACUGUCGAGAUCAUCCAUGAAGAUGAGCCCGAGGAGGAUCAUGCCGAGCCCCAAGAGGACCUUGUUGGGCCCGAGGCCGUUGCGGAGGACUACCGAGAUCCUACUCUCCCACAAUUCCGUCCAAACACUGCGGAAGAUAUGAAAGACUCUGGAUUAUAUGAAUGGUAUCCCAUAACCCACCAAACACCUACCACUACGGACAUCGAGGAGAGUGGGUCUGACAGCGAACCCGUAACGGAUGACGAACCCACUACAGAGACGCUCCAACAAUGGAAGCGGUUAGGCAUUGCUGAGGCGAAGGCCACGAAGAGAGGCGGCUGGGGCAAGCUCAGUUUCGACGAGUUCGAGGCGAUUUACAAGGGCCAGGAGCAGCAAGGAAAUCGACUCGAGUACCUCGGAAGCUGGAUUGAUUUCUGUAUCCCUUAGGAGGUGCGGAGCAAACGGCGAGGGGCGAGGGGGAGAACAUGAUCACUGGAGGCGGUUAAGUGUACAUUAGACAUGCAUUAUGGUUUCAAAAUGGAGCGGUAAAGGAAAUUCCAGUGGUUAGAGCGUAAUGUUUAGAAACAACUUUACAUCCAUUCGGUUGCCAUUGAGAGCUCCGCCGAUAGCGAUGUGAGGGUCACUGGCCGCAGGUCCAGCCACUUCUGUUGACGCAUUAACUGGCAAAGCGGCAAUAUGAAGACGAUCACAGCAGGAUAGCAUCAACUCCAUAUUCCUGAUGAAUUCAUUCACUCCGCUUGUAUUAA